AAUUUCAGUUUCUUUGGAUAAGUGCAAUUGCAUAGUAAGCUACAUUGUAUUCCGAGGGAUGUUCUGUUUUUCUCAAAUAUUUCAAUCGUCCUUGCUUCAUAAGGCCAAAAAGAGUGGCAAAAUCAACAAUUACGGGGCAAUGGCGCAUCUGGGAGCGCGUCAGACUGAAGAUCUGGAGGUGGCCGGUUCAAGCCCGGCUUGCCCCAUUCCUUUUUUCCUCAAUUAAUUUUUGAUGUGGGCGCCGUAUCUUCCGU